AUGUCUAAUUCGACUGCAAUAAUAUCGUCAAAUAAAGAUGGUAGUAUAAAAAAACGUUGUCAUCUAAUAAAACGUCAAAAAUCAUAUCGUAAAACACGUAGUAGUGUAGCACAAUCAACAAUACAUUUAAACAAAAUAUUAAGAUCACAUAAACUGACAACAAAUAAAAAUCAAAAUAAUUACACAGAAAUUGUCGAUGAUGAUGAUAUUGAUCAUGUUGAAAUCAAUGUUGAUAAUGAAAUGAAUGAAAAAGUCAAUGCCUUACCUGUAUUGGCAGCCGCCUUUAGUACAGGCUAUUUUAUCGAUAUUAAUUGUAAAUUAUUACCAGAAACAAUGUUAGAUGAAUUAGCUCACAAAACCUAUGAAUUUGUUCAACAACAAGGAAUAUUGAGUCGUUCAUUAGUACUUCAUACACUCGAUGAUCCAUUUUUAUCUCGUUAUGUCAAUCGUGUGUAUGUGGGUGAUUUUGAAAAUAAUCAUAAACCAGUUAAUUUACGUGAUGGAUUAGACAUGAAUAUUGUCUUAUAUAAAGUAAAAUAUGAGCGACCACACCAACAUAAUAUAACAAUUGAAGGUGAACAUAUUAAUAUUGGUCGACGAUGGUCAUUACCACAUGAUGAAUUUGAAUGUCUAUGGGAAAGUUUAGAAUAUGAUUUACCUAUUAAAAGUCAAUUGAUACAAUAUGUUUUUACUGUUGUACGUUUUUCUAAAGCAAAAAUUGAUCGACGUAUCAUACAUUGUAAUCAAACAAUAUUACUUUAUGGACCACCAGGUUGUGGGAAAACAUCAUUAUGUAAAGGUUUAGCACAAAAAGUUAGCAUAAGAAUGAAAGAAUUAUUUAAAAAAUUUUAUUUUUAUGAAAUGAAUGCAGGAAAUUUAUUUUCAAAAUGGUUUAGUGAAAGUAGUCGAAAUGUAUCUAGAUUUUUUGAUGAUGUUCAACUACAAUGUAUGGAUAAAAAUUCAUUUGUUAUUGUAUUAAUUGAUGAAGUUGAAUCAUUAUCAGCAGCACGUAGUGCAGCAUUAGCGUCAAAUGAACCAUCAGAUAUGUUAAGAGUAGUAAAUACAUUAUUAACACAUUUAGAUAGAUUAAAAGAAUUUAGUAAUGUACUAGUUGUAACAACAUCAAAUUUAAUUGAAGCAAUUGAUUUAGCUGUACUCGAUCGAAGUGAUAUUUCACAGUAUAUUGGGCCACCAUCAACAAGAGGAAUCUACAAUGUAUUUAAAGCAUGUUUUAUUGAAAUGAUGGAAAAAUAUGUAAUUAAACCGAUCAUUUACAUACCAGAAAUAUACGAUAAUGAUAUUAGUGAUAAAUUGAGUCAACAACUAAAAGAGAAAUUGAUAUAUUUGGCAAGAGAAAGUAAUGGAUUAAGUGGAAGAACAUUGAGAAAAUUACCAAUGUUAGCAUUUGCGCACUCACUAACAAUGCCCGUACCCGUUGAUCAAUUAAUCCAAGCAAUGAAACAAUGUAUUGAACAGAAAAAAGAAACGGAUAAUUAUGUGGGAGAAAUGAGUUAUAAUAACAAUUGUAGAUGA